AUGAGCACGAACGCAAAGACUCAGGACAAAAAGGUAAAAAUGGCGGAUGGACAAACACGGGUAACACCAUUAACGAACGAACAGUUCGCUAUGCUCAUACAACAGAUACAGAUAUCUGCUGCGAACGCGCCGGUCGCAAACAUCGUGCAACCACAAGGCAAUUUCUCGCGAUGUACCUCCCGCUUCGAUGGAAACAAAUCGUCCGAUGUAGAGGCUUUUAUCGACGCGAUCAGUACGUACAAAGAGUGUACUAACAUAUCCAAUGAAAACGCGCUGAAAGGAUUACUGAUCCUUCUCACAGAUCUCGCCGCGACAUGGUGGCAGGGCGUUAAAGGCACCGUCAAUACGUGGGAUACCGCAAUAGAAAUAUUGAGACAAGCGUACGGCCCGAAAAAAGCAGCUCAUCGCGUAUACAAAGAACUUUUUUCGUGCGAGUAA